AUGGUAAAGAAGGUCUCCCGCCACUCGCUCCACGACUGCUUGAAGAGCAUCCGCCAGGGCGACACCAGGUGCCGCACCUGCGCCAAAAUCUACCAGCGCGGAAGAAACAAUGGCCUACCGGGCUAUUGCCCAACCCACGGUGGUGACCGGACCAAGGAGAUGACUGCGCUCCGAAGAAACGACAGCUUACCGAGCCAUUGCCCCACCCACACAAAGGAGCAAGACAAGGAGAUGACUGUGCUCGGAAAAAUCGCAGUAGAAAUGCAAGACUGGUUCCACCAGAAAUCGGUCAAGAGAUAUGAGGAGCGCCAUGGACGCCUGCAGCGGCUCGAGGGACUCACAGACGGCGAGGCUUGGAUGUGGACCAGGACGAGAGCAGCCUGGCUCCAAUGUGGGCAUAGCCUGAGAGACAUUGGACCUCACUGGUGGGGACACUGGUUCGCCUCAGAAGACGAUCCAAAUUUUCUCCAGAUCUCGGACAUUCAAAAGAUGAUGUUCAACCCAGAAGACCACUAUGGGUUCCGCCACUGUGUCUUUGUCGUGCUUCUGCACUCCGGUCACCGCUACGUUGUUGAUCCGACUGGCUUCCAGUUUGGUCCCCAGUGGCCCCUGGUCUGUCCGCUCGAGGAAUACACUAGCGGGUUCAUGCACCAGUUUCCGGAAGCACGCAAUGUGCAGUACCUACCACUAGGAACCGACUAG